AUGCUGCGUUGGCAUUCCGUCCGGAGGAAACAGCACCAGCAGCUGCAAGCUGAACUCUCCAGCGGUGCAGCUAGCAUGCUGUCCGCGCCAGAAUCUCGGCGUGUCAGCCGAUCGAUGAGUGUUAAAGCACCGACAGCAUCAGAAUACAUGCCAUUAUCAGUUGCCGAUAAGCCCCUAACACUAACCGUAUCAACUUCACACAGUAUUGAUCCAAAUGAGCCAAUCGCUGCUCUCGGUGGUCUCACACCGACAAAAGAAGGCCGAGUUGCCGCACUGCGAAGACGGAGUUCAAUGGUUCGUGAUAAAUGGGCAACUAAAAUGGAAUUCCUGUUGGCCGUCGUUGGAUAUGCAGUUGAUUUGGGUAAUAUAUGGCGAUUCCCAUCAGUAUGCUACAAACACGGUGGCGGUGCUUUUCUUAUUCCAUAUUUCAUUAUGUUAAUGAUCGGAGGACUUCCCAUGUUCUAUAUGGAACUUGUACUCGGACAAUUUCAUCGGUCAGGAUGUGUUAGUAUAUGGAGAAAGGUGUGCCCGUUGUUUCGAGGAAUCGGUUACGGUAUCUGCUGUAUUUGCACGUUCAUAGCCAUUUUCUAUAAUGCGAUCAUCGCUCAAGCCGUCUAUUUUGCUAUUGUUUCACUUUCAAAAAUUUGGGAUUCCGAAGUUCCGUGGGCGUCAUGUGGCAAUCCGUGGAAUACACCGAGAUGCUCAGAUGACCUCAACGUGACAAUAUCUAGAAAUGGGACACCAUUGACCACUCCGUCAGAGGAAUAUUAUUUAUACAAAGUCCUUGAAGUUCAAAAAUCAACAGGAUUCGAUGAUCUUGGAGGUGUAAAAACUUCAAUGGCAGUGUGCCUACUCGCUGUAUUUAUAAUGGUUUACUUUGCUCUUUGGAAGGGUCCACAGUCGUCUGGAAAAAUUGUUUGGGUGACUGCAACAGCUCCAUAUAUUAUUCUAAGUAUUCUUCUUAUACGUGGACUUCUUCUUCCUGGAGCAAAGAAUGGUCUCUAUUAUUAUGUGACACCGGAUUUCGAGAAACUCAAGGAUCCUGCAGUAUGGUCGGCUGCUGCUACACAGAUUUUCUUCUCACUUGGACCAGGAUUCGGGGUGCUGCUCGCGCUGAGCAGUUACAAUGAUUUUAACAAUAACUGCUAUCGUGACGCCGUCACUACCUCCAUCAUUAACUGUGCCACGUCAUUCUUUUCCGGAUGUGUUGUAUUCUCUACACUUGGCUAUAUGUCUCUUCUCACCAAUAAACCGAUUAAUGAGGUAGUUGGAGAACACGACGCCUCUCUAAUCUUCAUCGUCUACCCCCAAGCUCUCGCAACAAUGGAUUACAGUUGUUUCUGGUCUUUCAUCUUUUUCGUCAUGCUAAUCACUCUUGGAAUCGACUCCACUUUUGCUGGAAUCGAAGCAUUUAUCACGGGAUUCUGUGAUGAGUCGAGGUUUUUGUCGAAAAAUCGAAAAUGGUUCGUGCUGGUCAUUUGCAUCAUUUAUUACUUCCUCAGCUUUCCCGCUAUCAGCUAUGGUGGUCAAUUCGUGAUCCCGUUCCUGGAUGAAUAUGGAGUUUCUCUAUCAGUUCUGUUCAUUGUCACCUGCGAAAUGAUUGCAGUCUGCUGGUUUUACGGUGUUGAUCAGUUCUCAAAAGAUAUUCGUGCUAUGCUGGGAUUCUAUCCUGGAAUUUAUUGGAGAGUCUGCUGGACGUGUUCUCCGGUUUUUAUAAGUGUGAUAUUCAUUAUGACUGUCUACAAUAGUUCGUUCAAGCCAAUUCAAAUGGCUAGCUACACUUUCCCCUGGUGGAGUGUUAUUUUGGGUUGGUUCCUGAGACUUCUCUCAGUCCUCGCAAUUCCUGUCUUCGCAAUAAUCUACCUGCUCAGCGGUACCGGCACACUUUACGAACGCUUCCGAUGGGCAAUAACUCCUCAACAACGCCGAAAUUCGGCGACUUCUCUCGCCGCUGAUCCCACACAAAUUAUCGAUAGUUCUCUUUUAGAUCCAAUUCAUACACUUACUCCAGUUUAGAUAAUUCUUGGUGUACUGUUGGAAGUCAACGAUCGAUAGCCGUGCACAGAAAAAAAGGCGGAGCGUAAUUUCGCAACCUUGCGGCACGGUUUUUCCACCUAUUUUGACGCCCGUUUUAUUCUCUUUUUUUUUAAAUAAAAACUAAAUUGGAUAGUCUUUUUAUUAAAAAAAAAAGAGAAUUCAAAUCGAAAUUUUAUAGAAAAAAUCAGCAAAACCGUGCCGCAGGAUUGCAAAAUUACGCUCUGCCUCUUUUCACGAAUCGAUCUUUUAAUUUCAACAGUUAUUAUCGAUUUAUUGAUUUUUCUUCCACUUUUUCAAAUUUUUAAAAUAUUUUUCAAUUCUCGAACUCGAAUUAUUUCUGGAGUAGCGUUUUAUUUUUCCCGAUCUCUUUAACCAUCCACGCGGUGCCAAUUCCUAUUUAAUCUCAUAACUCACAAGCUUUCGUUUUCUGAAAUUUUGUAAAUAAUCAAUUAAAAAAAGAAUUUUUAUUGCACGAUAUAAACAAAAAUAUUUAAUACUUAA